AAGUAGAUAGCGCGAAGAAGGAUACGAAAAUAAGGAUCAUGAAGAGAGAUGAGGUUUUGGAGAUGCCCAGAGGGCCUAAGAGAGAUGCUUGAUAGUGAUGAGUGGAAAGCGGAAAGACCUAGUAGGUAGCAUGAAAUAAGAAAGAGUCUGACUUCACGUUUCGUCUUGAUAUAUUGUUUGCUGUAUUGUUCUUACAACCUGGGAUCUCUCGUCAUGUUGUGUUGGUUUCCAUCGAUGGAUGGUGCUCGGUGAGGAAGGCGCGUUCGUCGUCGUGCCUCCCUCUUCCAGCACACCUCGUAAUCACACCCGCAUUCCCUACUCUCAUUCAUUCCCCACAUCUCUCGCGAUUACUUCCGUCUUGCUACCGCAUUCUGUCUACUUAUCUCAUCCACUGUAGCUUUCCUUUCGCCUCAAAUCAGUCUGCAACGGCUCUCACUUUCACUGAUCGAGCGGUCAACUUUGCCGCAGUCAUGACACCGCGGAAUCCUAGCACUACCUCGACUGACACUGGGCCGCAACGAAUGUCUUUCGCUACGGCUGAGGCACUGCUAUGGGGCCCGGAAUUGAGGAAGCAACAUGAGUGGCUUCUCGGGGAGAUGCGAGCACUUCAAGGUCAACAUGAAGCGUAUAACGCUCGAAUACAGACAACCGAAGCGGCCGCAGAAGCUGCAGAGGCGGCUACUUCUCGCAUGCGGCAUAUGGAACAACAGAUUGCGGCCAUGGGGGUGGUAGAUACCGACAAAACCUUCGAGAAGUGGGCCACGGGGGAGAUUACUCGAUUGAGGAACUUUGCAGAUAGGAAUCAGGCUGUCUACCAGAAGCAGAUUGAACUCGCGAAGGAAGUCUCGGUUGUCGCGGACGACUUUGAGAAGAUGAAAGAUGUGCCUAUUAGUCUCAAAGGUCUUGUACGACGUUUGGAACAUCUUGAGUCUGGUCGAAAACAGGAUGCGCAUCAGAUCAAAGCCCUCGAAAGGGAGAUUUUCAGCCUCAAGACUAUGCACCAGAACUCAGCCAUAAGCAACAUUAGCUCAAGGGCGAAUAUCAACCAUAGGUCAAUCUCUGGAAAAGCAAAUAGGCCACCGCAUGUAGAGGAUGUCGAAGACUUGGAUACUACGGAGACCGAGGACGAGGGACCCGUUCUUCCUCGAAGAUAUAUCGAGGAGCGAAUACAGGUGCCUCGAAGCCCUGAGGCUGGGCAGAACACCUCAGAUACUAUGUUUGGUACAUCACCUACUAGAUUCCAGCCAGCUGUAUCGGCUAGGCUUAGGCUCUUCAAGAGGCCCUCAAUUCAUAAUUCGAAGUUGCCGAGAGUACAUGAAGACGGACAGCACAGAGCGCCCGCCCCUAGACCAGAGCCGCAUGCGCCUAACCCUCCCGCGACACAAUUAGCCCAUAAGGCGAGCCCACGGAAAAGGAAGUAUCCAGACGAUGAGCACUAUACUCAGCGUAUGACCCGUUCUCAGGCCAAAGGUCAAGAAAAUGAUUCCAAACAGCCCCAACUUCUAGGGGCAGUCAAGAUCACCUCGACUGGGGCAUCCCAAGUGACCAGCAAAAGUCCGAUAAAGCGGACGAAGGCAGAUGUUGCUCUAGCACCAAGCAAACCGACUCCCAGCAAGUUGACACAAGUCAUUGCUUCGAGUCCGACAAAGCGAAAGAAGCCUAACGUUGCUCCACUUCAACAGCCAGUAGGCCCGCAAGCUGACAAUAGCAGCAUUUAUUUACCACAAAACGCAGCAGACCGAGUCAAGACUUCGCCCCGAAGAGCAGCAAUCAUAUCGCCAUCCAAAGCCCCAAUUCGGCUCAGCUGUAAUGCCUGUCAUCGAAAGAAGACCAAAUGCGAUCGUGCUCGACCAUUCUGUGGUCAAUGUGCAAAGCGCUCACAGCGGCACGCCUGUCAGUAUGUCCAGUCGCCUGUCGACGAGACUCAGAUAGUCUCAACAUUGCCAUCAAGCCCUUCGAAGAAGACCAUACAAGCAAAUGCGUCUGUAGAUUUGAGCCGACCCGGUUCUGCAAGAAGAGUAAUGCCAGAGAUCACCGAUUAUAACACCUACUUGAAAAUGAAAGCAGACAAAUCGAUUCUUUGAACAAUAUCUGAUUGAAGGCAA